AUGACAAAUGAUAGGAAAUGGAAGCUUAGUACAGGGAAAUAUGUUGAAGAUGUUUUAUAUGAUUUGGGAAUGAAAUGCAAGUAUCACAAGUACUCUUGUACAUUCAUUUAUCAUAAUCCAAAGGACAAUUUUGUCCAAACAGAAUUUAAUUCAAAGGAAAUUAGUGAAAUUACAAACAAAGAGUAUGGUAAUUAUACGCCUGAUAUAGAUGAAAAUCUCCUAGCUUACAUUAAUAAUUUUGCAAAGGAAUCAACAAAUGAGAUACGUGAAGUAUUAAAUGCACAACACCCGAAACUUGGUAAAGAUUUUAAUAUAGCAACUGAUUUUCAAUAUGAACAUGUUAGAACAACCAUAGCAGAUUGGGUUCGUUUAUAUGAGAUGACCCCAAAUCCAUUAUGUAUGGAAAUGCCAGAAAGCUGGUAUCGUAUACAUGUAUGGCGGACCAUUGACAUAGCUUUUUCAGACUUGCCAUAUGUCUUUUUAAUAUGUGGCGAAAAAGCAUGUUUGGCCACCAGCGAAAGGAAGAAUAGGUUAAGAACAUUAGACAAUUUCGAAAGGAUGCAACGUAAAGCAAUAGGAAGAAAGGGUGAUGGGUAUGUUCGUACAUUAGGAUCAAGGCAACUGGAUUGGGCUGCUUCAGAAGCAGGUCGUGAGUGGAGAGGAGAGUCCGGUACAAAACUAUUAAAAGAAGGAGGUCUUAUUUUACCCAAAACUUUAAAAGACAUCUUUCUCGACGAGUGA